UGUCUCUGCAUGCUGCUGGCUCUACGGCUUUAUUGUACUGUCGAUCCAUAUUUGAGUCGGUAACCACGGUCGAUUGAUCCAAUUCUUCCAUUAGAUCGUGCCGGUGUAUCUUGAACCCGAGACAUGUCCCCUCACGUAAAUUCGGCAAUCGUAAUUUUGAUUCUCCUCAUUUCCAACCUAGCUGUUGGCCUCCCCCAUGGACAGGCGAAGGAAGAACUAGAGCCCGUCCCUGCAGACAUUGUAGCUCAAGCUCAGUCUUGUUGUAACCACCUUCGGCAUGCUUUAUUUCGCAUUUACGCCAUCAUUCGCCGGAUUCCCACCGCCGCCCCCCCUUGUUAAUAGGGUCAUUUUCGAUCUUUCCGAGGCGUAAGGCACACCAAUCAAGGCGAUGACGGUCUAAUU